CCCAACAUCUACAUCACGGGAAUAUACAACCAAUAUUAUUCAAAUCCCAUAAUACCACAGUUCUCGACGCUCAGAGUGUGAAGUCUCGCAAACAAAAAUGGACUUGGACGAUGAUGCACCGCCGGAGCUGGUUGUCACGGGCACCGAGCUGGAGCCCGAGGAGAAACCAGUGAAAGUACCCAUCACCUUGAUCACCGGAUACCUUGGGGCGGGAAAGACAACACUUUUAAACUACAUCCUGACUGCCGAACAUGGGAAGAAGAUCGCGGUGAUCAUGAAUGAGUUUGGUGACUCCCUGGAUAUUGAGAAGUCUCUGACCAUCAACAAGGAUGGUGAGUCGGUCGAAGAGUGGAUGGACGUGGGCAAUGGGUGCAUAUGCUGCUCUGUCAAAGAUACUGGCGUGAACGCCAUCGAGUCGCUGAUGGAGAAGAAGGGCAAGUUUGAUUACAUCCUCCUCGAGACCACGGGCCUCGCAGAUCCGGGAAACAUUGCGCCCUUGUUCUGGAUGGACGACGGACUCGGCAGCACCAUCUACCUCGACGGCAUCGUGACCCUCGUCGACGCCAAGAACAUCCUGCGCAGCCUUGACGACCCCGCCGGCAAGGUCGAAGGCCACGAGGAAAGCGAUGACGCCCACGGCCCGGUCAUGACAACCGCCCACGUUCAAAUUUCGCACGCGGAUGUUAUCGUCAUUAACAAAUCGGACCUGGCCAGCGAAGAGGAGCUGCAAGCUGUGAAGGACAGGAUUGGGUCCAUCAACGGGCUCGCCAAGAUCUUCGUCACUAGCCAAAGUGUGGUGCCCAAACUCGAAGGGUUUCUCCUAGAUCUGCAUGCGUAUGACAGGGUCGAGCAGCUUGACCGUGCAGAACUCGGUCACAGUCACCUCGAUAAGACCAUCUCGACGAUAUCGGUCCCACUGCCUAGGUUAACCAAGAAGCAGCAAUCGGGGCUGGAUGCCUGGCUACGAUCGGUUCUGUGGGAGAAUGUUCUCCCGGGUCAAAAGUCAAUAGACGGCCCGGCAUACGAUAUCCAUCGUUUAAAAGGUCGUUUCUUUGGCUAUGAGGGGAACGAAAGGAUCAUCCAAGGAGUACGAGAAAUCUUUGAUAUCUUCGACAGCCCAUCGCAGCAGCAAGAUACGAAUGGGCCAGAAGCAGGCAAGAUGGUGCUGAUCGGGCGCCAUCUGGAGAGCUUCAAUUUUCGAAAAAGUUUAGAGGAUGCUCUCGCAAGCGCUGAGCCUUUAUAAGACGAGUGGGGAGUGGCUUGAAAUACGAAUAGACACCGAGUUGUUGAGACGCAACGGUCGAUUUGAUCUGUGUUUAUGUCAGGAUAUGUGGGCAAUGUGCUGUGCUGUACAAGUAAGGCGACGAUUGACUUGACGACGAAACGCAGGACAAGUUAGCAUGAUAAACAAGCGCCACAAAUCCAACUCGGGAUGAGAUUGAUGGAAUGUUUGUUGACCAUGUCCCAUGGAAGUCCGAAU